CAAACACUUCCUCGUAUGGGAACCAGAAUAAAGCCGCACGACUCCCUCCCUCCCCAUUCACCGCACACAGCCAGCGGCUCCAAACGAGACACCCGGCGACCCCAGGGCCGGGCAAACGCCACCGCCAUGACCACCCGAAUCCUCCUUGCUGUCCUUUUGCUGCAUGUUCUCCAACAAGGGAGCACCAGCAAGAAAUUACCUGGAGUGGAGCGAUAUGAAACGGUUUAUCCACGGAAAUUGCGCACAGUACAUAAAAGAGAAGCAGAAAGAAGCAAAGAGACAAAAUACGCUGACACAGUGGAGUACGGAAUCAAAGCCAGCGCGGAGGAAGUUGUACUGCACCUGCAGAAAAAUAAGCAUCUCUUAGCCAGAGACUACACUGAAACGGUUUAUUCUGAUGACGGUCGACAAAUAACAACAAGUCCCCAGAUCAAGGAUCACUGUUAUUAUGAAGGUUACAUCCAGAACGAUGCUGAUUCCUUAGCGAGCAUCAGUGCUUGCGGAGGUCUAAGGGGAUAUUUUGAGACCCGUGGUCAGAAGUACCUCAUUGAACCCUUGGGCACCUCAGACAGAGACGAACACGCUGUCUACAAGUACGAGGAACUCGAACAAGAGUCCAUAAAAACCUGUGGGCUGAUCAAUAAUACCUGGGAAGCGGAUUCCGGUGACCCCAUCAACGACAUCUUCAAAUCCAGCAACAGCCCAGAAAUCAAAGAAUACCUGAAAGCCAAAAAAUACCUGGAAGUUUACGUAGUUGCCGACAACACUUUGUAUAAGAAGUAUGAGGAAGAUGUGAAAACUGUAAGAGAAAGGAUAUUUGGAAUAGUCAAUUACGUCAACGCGGUUUACAAGGCUAUAAAUAUCUACGUGGCUUUAAUUGGCCUGGAAAUCUGGACGGACGGUGACAAAUGUCUCCUGAGUCGCGCUGCGGGAUUCACGCUGGACAGUUUCUCCAAGUGGCGUCACUCGGAUUUAUUGAAGAGGAAAAGGAACGACAACGCUCAGCUCAUCACGGGCUACGACCUGGAGGGGACAACGAUUGGAUUGGCCUUUCUCAAAUCCAUCUGCAGUGAUAUAUAUUCUGCAGGUAUUAUUCAGGACCAUAACAGGAAUGAAAUGGCCGUUGCGGCCACCGUGGCCCACGAGAUGGGCCAUAACCUGGGCAUGAGCCACGACACCGAGAGCUGCGCCUGCAGCGACAGAGUCUGUAUCAUGACAGACACCGUCAGUUCUAUUGUCCCCAAGAAAUUCAGCUCUUGUAGCCUCCAAAGCUUUGAGAAAUACAUGCUGAGCGACAUGCCCAAAUGUUUAACGAACAUCCCAGAUGUGAACAGCAUCAUAGCUCCUCCAAACUGCGGGAACGGCUUCGUGGAAAAGGGGGAGGAAUGCGACUGCGGCACUCCCGAGGAGUGUGCGAACGACUGCUGCGAGCCCGAGACCUGCAAACUGACCGAGGGUUCCACGUGUGCGCACGGAGAGUGCUGCGAAAACUGCCAGUAUAAAAAGUCAGGAGCUAUUUGCCGGGCAGUUAAGCACGACUGCGACCUGGCCGAGAUGUGCACCGGCUCUUCUGCAAACUGCCCCGCCGAUCGAUUCCGCGUGAACGGACACCCCUGCGACUACGGCCAAGGCUACUGCUACAUGGGAACCUGCCCGACGCGAGCAAACCAGUGCAAAGCUGCUUUCGGACCAGAGGCUACUGAAGGCGCUGCCUCCUGUUACCGGAUGAACGAGAAAGGGGUAUAUUACGGAUACUGCAGAAAAGAAGAAGGCAGUCACAUCCCCUGCAAAAAGAAAGAUAUAAUGUGUGGGAAGCUGUUCUGUGCCGGGGGGAUGGAGAUGCCUCGGGACGGGAGCCUCGUGACUUUCGGGUCCUGCAAAGCCAGUUUUCCUAGAAAUGAAGCAGCAGACCCAGGGAUGAUUCUCGAGGGAACCAAGUGUGGGCCCGGGAUGGUGUGCAGCAAUGGAGAAUGUGUCUAUGCUGAAGAUGUCUUUAGAUCGACCAACUGCUCUGCCAAGUGUCCUGGGCAUGCUGUGUGUGACCACGAGCUGCAGUGCCAGUGUGAGGAGGGCUGGGCACCCCCGACCUGCGACCGCUCCUCCGCGCUCACCAGCUUCGCUAUUGUUGCCGGUGUGCUGGUCGUCCUCGCCGUCACAACAACUACCGCAGUGUUACUUAUCCGCUUCCGAGUCUUCAAGAAGAGCUGCCACACCAGAAGGGGACCCGGAGCCACAAACCAAGUCUUUGUGGAUCAAGAACAAAGAUGUAGAGAACACCCUGUGCUGGCGGCACCUGCCCAGAAGAUGAACGAUAAGAAACUCCUCCUGCCCGUACCUCCACCGCAGGAGAACAAACCACAGCUCCGGAGUCCUGUCGUAAGGCCGAAAGGUCCCCCACCUCCUGUUCCUUCUACCAAACCACCCUCUUCUCACAGAGAAGAGACUUUUGUACCAGAGAGAAAACCUGCUCAUCUUCCAGCUCCCAAAGGCAAACCUCCACCUCCACCAAAGGCUUUAAAACCUCCAAUGAACCCCAGAGUAUGAAGCUUCCAAAGCAGGGCUGAUCGAGACACGUGACAUUUUAAGGGACAAUUUAUUUGUCCCUUGAUUCCUCCACUUCUGGCAAAGUCAACCGAGAUAGUCUUCCUGUUCUCUUUAAAAACAGAACAACCAACUGACAGCUGCUUUGUAAGGAAAAGCUUGGUUUUCCAACAGCGAGGAACUCUUUGGUGAUGACAUCAAGUUACCGUCCGAAAGGAAAUGAAGCAGAAUCACUCCUUGCACUGAGGUGUAGACUGGGAGUAAGCUGGGAGAGCUGCUGAAUGUGUCCAAACUCCUGGGCUACCACUGGUAGAUGUGGCUGCUCGGGGAUGCCCGGUGGCUCCUCUGCUUUUCUGGGUACAGAGCUGAGAAGAUCGGGGAAAGUAUGGCUACUGUAUGUUUGUAAACUGGGAACUUUUGGCUCCAUUUCUGGACCCUCUCUUCAGCAACCCAGACCUCCUCCUUCACCUGCAAGUCACAAAUUCUGGGAAAAGAAAACCCCUUCCUGCCCUUUGUGUCCAACUAGCCUUAGAAUAAUAAGAUUACACACUGGAAACACUGAUUCUGGAGAGAUCCUUUCGGAUCGGAUUCUCUCGUUAAUCCGCAGAUCACUUGUUAAAUAAGAUCCCUCUGUUGAGGAGGUGGAACUGGAGACACUCAGAAGCAAAGCACGACAGAGUCAAACCAAGUGCUCAGAGCUCAGGCUGCGCCAGUUUAAAACACUUGGGCAGAGAAAUUCAGAAAAGCACAGUCAACAAAAUCCUUAAUCAUUUAUUUCAUUUGCCCCUCAACUCCAGAAAUACUCAAGCGUUUCUCCCUUCCAGGAUAUACACACCUUGGCGCUUUCAUUUAAUUAAUCUUGCAGCAGGGUGUUAUUGUAAAGUUGCUAAUGAGAACCAGGCCGGGCACGGGGGUUGUUUUUGUGGGACGACGUUGCAGCACGAGGUUUGCACACCAGGUUAGUACUGAGGGUUCUUCACUCCUGUUGGCAUCAGCCUUGUUGACACUUGGCACGAUCCGCAUGAUGCUGUUGGCGUUGGUGUUAAUAACACUGUGAGGGCGCUGGCACUCACGCUAUUGUGACCAUUGGCACUGGAGUUAUUCAUGUGGUUGGCAUCAAUAGUUUUAAGUUAAAGCGCACAGAAGUGUUUUUCAAGGAAGAAAAAAAGAAACAAAAUUGCCCUGGACACAAAGUACUUCAGAUUUUAUGGAGGUUCCGGUUUGAACUGGAUUUGGGUUUGGAUCAGGAUCAAAACAAGAGCACAGAUCCAAAUCGAUGAUGGUAUUUUUUACGAACUUAAUUAAUGUAUCUAUGUAAUUAAUGUAUCUACAAAGAUUUCUGUAUUAAAUGUGUUCUAUCUAAA